AUGACUGGCUCGCCCAGCGUGUUGAUCGUCAGUUAUAUCGAGUCUGGGAAAGCGGCUGCACAGUUCGGCUUCUAUCAGCUGGUGGAAUGGAAGCCCGAUGACUCCAUGAUCGCAGUGACGGCUGCGAAUGGUUACAUCCUGCUGUUCGACAUCAGAGGCUCGGAUGAGAAGUACCUGUACGAGCCUGUCUAUCCCAAGGGCGCUCGUGUUAAGGUGACUCCGGGUUACAAAGAGGAACAGUGCGCUCCAGCUCUGACCCUAGAGAUGAAGAAACCCGUCGACCUGGAGGCUCCAAUCAGCUGUCUGCAGACGCUGCAGGAGGAUCUGUUAGUGGCGACGGCAGACGGUUAUCUGCACAUGCUGCACUGGGACAGUGUGAGUAACGGCCGGAGAGCAGUGAACCUGUGCACCAUCCCGUUCUCCCUCGACCUGCAGUCCUCCAGAGGAGGGCCGUGUCUGGAUCUGGACGGUGUUCACAUUCGGGAGAUGGAGUACUGCGCUACACUGGACGGAUUUGCAGUGGUGUUUGAUGACGGGCGACUCGGAUUCAUCACGCCAACCGCAAACAGACUCGCCACAGACCAGCUGCAGGGCGUUUGGGCCGCAGACGUCUCUGAUGGCACGUGUGUCGCCGUCAACAACAAAUACAGACUCAUGGCUUUCGGAUGCGCGAGCGGGUCAGUGUUGGUGUACAUGAUUGACAGCUCUACAGGAUCGAUGCAGCUCUCUCAUAAACUGGAGUUAACCCCGAAACACUACCCAGAUAUCUGGAAUAAGACGGGUGCUGUGAAGAUGAUCCGCUGGUCUCCGGACUGCAGCGUUGUCAUGGUGACGUGGGACUGUGGCGGUCUGUCUCUGUGGAGUGUGUUUGGAGCGCAUCUCAUCUGCACACUCGGGGAGGACUUCGCCUAUCGCUCAGACGGCACUAAGAAAGAGCCUCUGAAGAUCAGCUCUAUGAGCUGGGGUGUGGAGGGAUAUCAUCUGUGGGUGAUCAGCAGCACAGACGCGACUCCUGUUCCCGACGGAGCGGAAGGAGACGAGAAACUCCAGCAGACCGGCAUCCUGCAGUUUCAGUUCAUUAAGAGCGCGCUGACCGUCAAUCCGUGCACAAGUAAUCAGGAGCAGGUGUUGCUCCACGGAGAGGAUCGUCUGUAUCUGACCUGUGGAGAUCCGACUCAGGCUCACAGUGUGUCGGAUAAGAGCCCGUCUCGGGACAGCAGCAGCCCUCUCUCUCAGGGUCUCAGCACUUUACUGGGCCACAAGCACUGGCAGGUGGUUCAGAUUCACAGCACAUAUCUAGAGACAAACUGGCCCAUCAGGUUCGCAGCUAUAGACUGGUCUGGUCAGUGUGUGGCCGUAGCUGGCCGGCGUGGAUUUGCACAUUACUCAUUAUACACCAGAAAAUGGAAACUGUUUGGUAACGUCACACAGGAGCAGAAUAUGAUGGUGACGGGAGGUCUCACGUGGUGGGACGACUUUGUUGUUGUUGCCUGUUACAAUUUCAUUGACCGGCAGGAAGAGCUGAGGCUAUACGUGCGCACAUCUAACCUGGAUAACGUGUUUGCCAGCGUCACUAAACUUCAGGCCGACACGCUGCUGCUGAACGUGUUUCGUAACGUGGUGAUUCUGUUCCGGGCCGACUGCUCCAUCUGCCUUUACAGCAUCGAGAGACGACACGACGGUCCGAACCCGUCAGUCAGUGUGGAGCUGCUGCAGGAGGUCUCCAUGUCCCGGUAUAUUCCUCACCCCGGUCUGGUGGUGUCUGUGACCCUCACGUCAGUCCGGACAGAGACCGGCAUCACGCUCAAAGCCCCGCAGCAGGCCUGUUCGGCGGAGAGUAUCCUGUUGAAUUUGGCCGGUCAGCUGAUCAUGCUGCAGAGAGACCGAUCCGGCCCACAGGUACGAGAGAAGGACACGCCGGCCAAUCAGACGAAGCUGCUUCCGUUCUGUCCACCGGUGGUUCUGGCUCAGUGCGUGGAGAACGUCUGGACCACCUGCCGCAGCAACCGCAAGAAACGCCACCUGAUGGAGGCUCUGUGGCUCUCAUGCGGUGAGGCGGGGAUGAAGGUGUGGCUUCCUCUGUUCCCGCGAGACCACCGCAAGCCGCACUCGUUCCUGUCACGCCGGAUCAUGCUGCCCUUCCACAUCAACAUCUACCCACUCACGGUGCUGUUUGAGGACGCGCUCAUCCUGGGCGCCUCCAACGAGACGGCGCUGUUCGACGGGCCCAGCUCGUCCUCGCUGGAGGCGCUCUUUCCCUUCUGCACGGUGGAGCGGACGUCCCAGAUCUACCUCCAUCACAUCCUGAGACAGCUGCUGGUGCGUAACCUGGGCGAGCAGGCGCUGAUGCUGGCGCAGUCUUGCGCGAUGCUGCCGUACUUCCCUCACGUUCUGGAGCUGAUGGUGCAUGUGGUGCUGGAGGAGGAGGCCACGUCCCGAGAGCCCAUCCCCGACCCGCUGCUGCCCACCGUAGCCAAGUUCGUGACCGAGUUCCCGCUCUUCCUGCAGACCAUCGUGCACUGCGCACGCAAGACCGAAUACGCUCUGUGGAACUACCUGUUCGCCGCGGUGGGGAACCCCAAAGACCUGUUCGAGGAGUGUCUGAUGGCACAGGAUCUGGACACGGCUGCAUCCUACCUGAUCAUCCUGCAGAAUAUGGAGGUCCCGGCGGUCAGCCGUCAACACGCCACUCUGCUCUUCAACACGGCUCUGGAACAGGGCAAAUGGGAUCUGUGUCGUCACAUGAUCCGCUUCCUGAAGGCCAUUGGUUCAGGGGAGAGCGAGACUCCGCCCAGCACACCUACCACUCAGGAGCAGAGCUCCACGGGGGGCUUCGAGUUCUUCCGGAACCGCAGCAUCAGUCUGUCUCAGUCGGCCGACAGCAUCGCCGGAGGAAAGUUCAACCUGCAGAAGACCCUGAGCGUGCCGUCUGGACCGUCCUCCAAAGGGGCUACGCAGGAGGCGUUUCUCUCUCCUCUCGUCAACAAAGGAGAGGAGUGCAGCAUCGGUUCAGCCACGGACCUGACUGAGACCAGCUCCAUGGUGGAUGGUGAUUGGACGAUGGUCGACGAGAAUUUCUCCACCCUCAGUCUCAGCCAAUCAGAGCUGGAGCACAUCUCCAUGGAGCUGGCCAAUAAAGGGCCACAUAAAAGUCAGGUGCAGCUGCGGUAUCUGCUGCACGUCUUCAUGGAGGCCGGCUGUCUGGAGUGGUGCGUCGUCAUCGGGCUGAUCUUACGAGAUGCCGGCGUCAUUAAGCAGGUCGUGGGGUUUUUGGACAGUCCAGAAGUCCCUCCAGAAACGGUCCAGAGCAUCCGAGCCGGUCUGAAAGCUGUCGACCUCUGGGCCUCGUCUGAUUGUCUGGGCUACAAGCCGUUCCUGAACCUGAUUGGUCCGCAGCUGCUGAAGCUCCUGGAGGUUCCUGUGGAGCAGGUUCAGCCCGAAGCCUUCCAGCCGACCGGAGCGUCCAAACUGAGCGAGCCUCCGCUGCUGCUGCUGCCCCGAGCCGAGGAGCUGACCGCUGCUCACCCGCUGCCCUCGGACGGCCCCGCCGGAGCCAGCGCCCGGCCCCUGAACGACACGCCGCCGGAGGAGCAGGAGCCGCUGGAGGAGGGAUCGUACGACUGCACGCUCUCAUGAUGCCGCGCUCCAGCGUGUGUGUGUGUGUGUGUGUUCCUGCUCGUCCUCACUGCAGUGUCCUGUGUGUUUUGCUGCGUUUUCAACAUCCUGUGGUCAACAGCAUCAUGUUUUUCUCUCUUCACCUCCACGCUGCAAAAAAUCUGUUUCUUCAUUAGUAUUUUUGUCUUUUUUUGUUUUUAGCUCUUCCUGUACAAACAUCUAAACAUUCUGCCAUCAAGAUACAUUUACUGGAGAAAUCAAAUAUUGCUGAUAAAAGUCAUCAAAAUGAAUCAAGUUCAUGCUUAAAACAAGAAAAUAUAUCAAUGUUU